UCAUUCUCCCGCGAAAAGCAAAGUUUCAGAAUCUUCGGUUUUAUGAGGAAUAUUUAGCUUUGUUCUUACCUAAAAUUGUAUAAAACCUAUCUAAAAAGAAGCAUGGAGGCACCAAGAGUCAACGCAUCUAUGCUUAGGCAGUAUGCUGGUCGGCUGGUGUGCUUAGUGGCGAAAAUAUCUGAGAUUAAUAACACAGGAACAGAAUUGAAGGUCCUCACGAGCGAUGAUAAGACCAUUCACGUCAUCCUUUCAGAACCACUUGAAGAAGCUCUUCAGGGAGUAAUUGAGAUUAUUGGUAGAGCUGAAAAAGAUGGUACGAUAUCAGCACAAAGGCUUAUAAGCUACAACGGAAGUGAGGAAUUUGACAUGAACCUGUACAACGAAGCAGUGAAGCUGACAACAAAUUUUCCUGAAAUAUUUGCUGGAAGUAAUGCAAAUGGGUUUGCUUGAAGUUUGUAAAAAAGUCAAACUAUAAAAUUUUUUAGAGACCAUCUAAAUCUCCCCUGUAAAAUAUUACCCAUUUUGCCUUGAAAGUAUAAGCUUAUCCAUUGAAGAUAAGAGAUAAAAGAUAAGAAAGAACAGCAAGGAAAUCACUUUCAGGGAAUCAUUGUUGAGUUGUUUUCAUAUUGAUAUUCAUCACUGGCUUAUGCCAAUCUCAGGAGGGCAGUCUAAAAGAAGACAUACUUCUACUGCUCUAUCACCAGAUACUUUGUUAUUUGCUAUAGAAGCUGUUCUGGUUUUAUACAUGCAUGUACUACAUUACAAGGGUUAUUAGUAAACAGACAUUGCAUAGUUUUA